AUGAAUGAUGUGCAACACAAACUGCUCUGGUCUGAGGAGCUGAACGGACACGCGGAGAGUUUUGACGUGGUGUUGGAAAGCCCGCGCCCCGACGCCCAUGCCCAGCACACGCCGCCGGUAACAGUAACGGUUCCCGGAGAGGAGAUGCGCGUGGACUUGCAGGGCUCCGACCUGUGGAAACGGUUUCACGAGAUUGGUACGGAGAUGAUCAUCACGAAGGCCGGCAGGCGGAUGUUCCCCGCUAUGCGUGUGAAGAUCUCGGGACUGGACCCCCACCGGCAGUACUACAUCGCCAUGGAUAUCAUCCCCGUGGACAACAAAAGAUACAGGUACGUGUACCACAGCUCCAAGUGGAUGGUGGCGGGAAACGCGGAUUCCCCGGUUCCACCACGUGUGUACAUUCACCCGGACUCGCCGGCUUCUGGUGAGACGUGGAUGCGUCAGGUGAUCAGCUUCGACAAACUCAAACUGACCAAUAAUGAGCUGGAUGACCAGGGGCAUAUCAUUCUCCACUCCAUGCAUAAGUACCAGCCGCGUGUGCAUGUGAUUCAGAAGGAGCGUGGCGAGGAGCUGUCUCCUGUUAGAGCCGUUCCCCAGGGAGACGGCACCAGAACACUCAGCUUCCCAGAGACCGCCUUCACCACUGUCACCGCAUACCAGAACCAACAGAUCACCAAGCUGAAGAUUGACAGGAACCCAUUUGCCAAAGGCUUCAGAGACUCCGGAAGAAACCGGAUGGGCUUGGAGGCUCUGGCAGAGUCCUAUGGGUUCUGGCGUCCUUCCCUCAGAAGCCUGACGUUUGAAGACAUCCCUGGAAUGAAACAAGGGUUGCUUGGAGGUUCAUCUCACCUGCUCUCCUCUUCUCCUUGCUCCUUCCCAUUCAAGGUGUCUCUUUCUCCCCUGGACUACACCUGCAGCAGACCAACACACACUCACACACACAACCUCCAUCGCUACGGCAACCCCGCUUCCCCCUUCCCCCUUCCUGCGUUGCGAAGACCGUCAGCUUAUGACAGUGAAGUAUUCUGCUCGUUGUCCUUACCCAACUCUCAGAUUGGCUACCUGCAACCACACCCCCCCCAGGGCUACGGUAGUAUCUGCCUGCAUUCGCCCCACUAUGGUCUCUACGGUUACUCCAACCCCCCUACUCACAUCACAGCCAACCCAGACAAGAUGGCGGUUGCUGGUGGCGCUGUGGCCAAUCAGAACCCUUUCCUCGGCUCUUACCCCAGUGGAACCCUGACGGACAAUCUGGGCAUGCUCAAUGGAGACCAGCAGGCCAACUUCCUGUUUGACUCUCGGACGCUGGGAUUAUCUGUGAGCCAGUCAGGGGGAGGGGCUUCACAGGUCACCGCCCACAUGAGCUGAGACACGCUCCUUAACCCUGACCCCUGAGGUUGCUAUGGCAACAGGCUGCUUGCUCCGUGGAGAGGGUGUGGUGUGGAAUCGCCAGCCAAUGAGGAGUGACGAGACAUCUCACAGACCUAUGGGGAGAAGGAGAGCUUUGGAGACUGUGUUGAAGAGAGAACACUGACUAAUGGGAUGUUGUUAUUAGUUGUUGUUAUUGAUGUUGUUAUUAGGGACCUGUUGUUGUUAUUGUUGUUGUUAUUAGGGACCUGUUGUUGUUAUUAGUUGUUGUUAUUGAUGUUGUUAUUGAUGUUGUUAUUAGGGACCUGUUGUUGUUAUUGUUGUUGUUAUUAGGGACCUGUUGUUGUUAUUAGUUGUUGUUAUUGAUAUUGUUAUUAGGGACCUGUUGUUGUUAUUAGUUGUUGUUAUUGAUGUUGUUAUUGAUGUUGUUAUUAGGGACAUGUUGUUGUUAUUAGUUGUUGUUAUUGA